AUGGCAGUAAUAAAUCAGCCGUCAAAUCAGAUUAAGCUCACAAAUGUGUCUCUUGUUCGAAUGAAGAAGGGCAAGAAGAGGUUCGAGAUCGCCUGUUAUCAGAAUAAAGUCCAGGAUUGGAGACUGAGAGUGGAGAAGGAUCUCGAUGAGGUACUUCAAAUUCCUCAGGUAUUCAUGAAUGUCUCCAAAGGACAGGUUGCCAACAAUGAAGACCUUCUUAAUGCAUUCGGAACAACAAAUCACGACGAAAUCAUUCUUGAGAUCUUGGAUAAGGGGGAGAUUCAGUUGAACGAGAAAGAACGCAGUGCAAACUUACAGCAAAAGCAGAAUGAGUUCUUAAACUUGAUCUCCACCAAAUGCAUAAACCCUAGAUCUAAAAAGAGGUAUCCUCCCAGCAUGAUUCAAAAAGCUCUCAACCAGCUCAAGUUUCAUUUAAACCCCAACAAGCCAACCAAGACCCAGGCUCUAGAAGCUAUCAAGCUCUUGAUUUCUGAGCAACUCAUGCCCAUUGCAAGAGCCCAAAUGAAAGUCAAGAUCACGCUUCUUGCACGAGUUCAGCUGUCCUUUGACGAACAUUUUAGAGUGUUACUAGACACGAUAGAGGAUGAGAAGGCUGGAGAUAAAUUAUUCGAAGUCAUUGCAAUCAUUGACCCAUCCAACUACAAGAAUAUCGUAGAUUUGCUUCAAGGAGAAAAUGCUCAGGUGAAAAAGGGCGAAGGGUCUGUGGAAGUACUCGACAUGUCUGCCGUCAAGGAGUAA